AUGAACAUAACGUGUGCUUGCUCAUUUGACAUGAAAUUCACAUUUGUGAUGGUUGGAUGGGAGGGAACGACAAAUGAUUCAAGAAUUUUUUGGGAAACGAUUACAAAUAGAGAACAAACUAAGUUUCCUAUGCCUCCUGUGAGGAAAUAUUAUCUUAUUGGCCCAGGGUACACAAAUAUGCCUGGAUUUCUUUCACCGUAUCGUGGAGAAAGAUAUCAUUUGCGUGACUAUAUGGGAGCAACGAGCCCACAAGGCCCGGAGGAGAUAUUUAAUUACACACAUUCUUUACAGCGCAAUGUAAUUGAAAGAUGUUUUGGAAUAUUGAAAGCUAGAUUCCCCAUUCUCAGAGAUAUGCCUCCGUAUGAUUUGAAAAGACAAAAGUACAUAGUUUUGUCUUGCUGUGUUAUCCACAAUUUCAUAAAAAUGUGCAAGGAUGGGGAUUCCUUGUUUAUACAUUAUGCGGAUGAAAAUGUCGAACUUGAAGAUGAUGAAACCACACCUAAUGAAUCUGAAGAACUAGUGACUCCUAGUGUUAGUCAAAGUGAACUUCGUCGAAUGGCUGAGUUUCAAGAUCUUCUAGCAAAACGAUUGCGGGAAAGACAAAAUCCACAAUGA